AUGAGCUCUGAGGAGACAUCAGUCAGAGAGAAGAGGCCUCCUGAGAUGGAUGGAGGGGAGGAACUUCUAAACACCUCCAGGCAGCUUCAUCCAAUGGGAACCUGGUCAGAGAAUUCUGGGAAGUCAUUGGGUUCUAGGUCUUCAGAUGGCUUCGGCUCAUCUCCAUCAGCCAAACCAGCCUUCACUGGCACACCUCAGGACCAAGAGUCCUCUUCCAUGAAGCCCAUUAGACGCUUCAUUCCUCCAUCUUGGAAGAACUUCUUCCACCGCUGGCAGAGACAGCCCUGGACUGAGACUUCUCUCUUGACCUAUGCUCCAGAAGACUUCAAACACACCCAGUUUUCCGAGCACCCUCAAAGAACCACCUUCGAUGGUGAGGGGAGCUCCACUGACAAUGGGAACGAUGGCGAUUUUAAGGAACCCCUCUCAGCUCCCACCACCCCUUUGGCGCCUGGGAAGACGCUAACUGCUGAGAGCCAGGGUGCCUUGUCGAGUGGUCCACCCAGCUAUAAGGAGAAGUUGGAGACCUACGACCACAAAUAUUCCUACAUGAAGUCGUGGCCUGGCCUCCUGAGGCUGAUGGCAGGUCUGGAGUUGAUCUUAGGUGGGAUGGUUUUUGCCUGCACAGCCGCUUACAUCCAGAAGGACUACCAGUGGUCGGCGCUUUAUGGUGGCAACUCUCUGCCCUACAAUGGUGUCUUGGGUGGAGGGUAUGGAUACAGUUACUACGGCCCGAUGACCCCAUUCGUGCUGGUGGUGGUCAGCCUGGUGUGGCUGGUGACCGUGAUCUUGCUAGGCCUUGGGGUCACCAUGUACUACAGGACGAUUCUUCUUGAUUCCCACUGGUGGCCUUUGGCAGAGUUUGGCCUCAACCUCGUCAUGUCCCUCCUAUACAUGGCUGCUGCAAUCGCCUACGUCAACGACGUCAACCGUGGAGGACUCUGCUACUCUGUAUUUGCCAACAAUCCGCUCGUUGUUGCCUUGUGCCGAGUCGAAGGGGGGCAGGUGGCCGCCAUCGCCUUCCUCUUCCUCACCAUGCUGCUGUAUCUGGUCGGCUCCCUCGUCUGUCUCAGGAUGUGGAGACAUCAAGCUGUCCAGAAGAACUCAAGAGCUCUGGUAAGACCCCACCAUUGGGAGAAGGCAAUGGUGAGAAGCAGAGGCUCCUUAUGACCUCCCCUAUAGUCAUGGCCUCCAGAACAGUCAAGAGCAAGGGUCAGCAAAUUUUUUCAGCAGGGGGCCGGUCCACUGUCCCUCAGACCUUGUGGGGGGCUGAAGAAGGAAAAAAAGAACAAAUUCCUAUGCCCCACAAAUAACCCAGAGAUGCAUUUUAAAUAAAAGCACGCAUUCUACUCAUGUAAAAACACCAAGCAGGCCCCACAAAUAACCCAGAGGUGCAUUUUGAAUAAAAAGACACUUUCUACUCAUGUAAAAACACGCUGAUUCCUGGACCGUCUGCGGGCCGGAUAGAGAAGGCGAUUGGGCCGGAUCCGCCCCCCGGGCCUUAGUUUGCCUACCUAUGGUCAAGAGUUAUGACCCACAAGAGAGUAAAAAAAAGGCAGCUGUGUUGAAUAAAAUAUUGGGGGGCAGGUAAGUCCCACCCCACAUAAUGCGUCACAUGACACGGCACACCCACAUCAUUUGAAUGGCAAUGCCCAUCAAAUUUGGGGGGGACCUGCCCCUCAGAUAUUUUAUGGGGGGGCAAAGGGACCUCGGCUCCUAGGAGUUAGCUCCUCUGUUUGUGUUGAUCCUGAAAUGCAAGGGGUUGGACUAGAUGCCCUUUGGGUUGCCUUCCAACUCUACAUUUCUAUGGUUGUAUGCUCCAGCUGUGUGUGUGUGUAUUGCAAAACACAAUGGGCAGGAUUCACUGAACAAGCCCCAUCAGCAGAAUCUCUGUGCAAGGACACUUGCGCCGUGGGACUUUCCCCCCUCCUCCCCAUGCUUUCCCCCACUGAAAAUUGGCUAAUGGGACAAACAAGAACCCCCCCAGUACAGCACCCUGGAGGAGGAGAGAGGAAUCGUUGCACCUGACCAGCUGAAAUGCUCGUGCAGGCGAAAUGUUUUGCCAUAGUGUGAUGUUGAAUUCCACCCAGUGUGUUGUCUUUGGCCAGGUCAAACUCAAAAGUAGACUUAAGUCCAUUGAUUGCAAUGGGUCUACUGUGAGUCUGACUUACAGCCUGCUGAGCUUUCACAAAAUAUCUUCGGCAAGCUGGAAUGCAGACUUUGGGGCUUGUUUGUUUGUUUGUUUGUUUGUUUGUUUUAAAAUUAGAAAUGCAAACCACCUUGCUGCCGUUCAAACUGCUAGCAUGAAGUGGGAACCCCAUCAAAGAAAAGGAAGGAUGUACCCAGCCUCUUCUAGAUUAUUUUUCUCAUUCAUUGGCUAGGGCUGGUGGGAGCUGUAGUUCUGCAACACCCAGAGGGCAUCAGGUUGGGGACUGCUGGAAUACUAGGACCAAUCACUGGAUUUAAUAAAAGGCAGUUUCUUGUCCUCAUGACAUGUUGAGUCCCUCAGCAAUAAUGAUGUCCACAACACUCUCUUUCCCCCUUGAAGGUUGGGCAAAUGAACUACGAGCCUCCCUCUUGCCUUGUCUCCUUCCCUUCGUCUCAGCGAAAGCCCAUCCUCUUACGAGGUACGCCUCAGCAAGUCAUAGACCAGGAUGAAGUUACUCCCAAGGAGAAAGUUGCAAGACGCGUUGAGUUCUCAGAGAAGGGCGGGGACCCAGAGGUGUUAAACUUUGCCAUUCCGACAGGCCACCACCCAAAACCUCACAUCGUCCCGGAUUAUGUGUCGUAAGUAAGCAGCAAUGGUCCAGGAAUGCUCAAGAGGUUUUUCUGUACCCCUAUUUAAGACAGGGAUAUCUUAACUUCUGUUGUCUAUGUUCCGGGAACCUCUAGGUUAGAUUACUGCAAUGCUUUAUACAUAGGGCUGUCUCUGAAGACGAUUCAGAAGCUUCAGCUUGGACUCCUGCGAUGCGCUCUACGUGGGGCUACCUUUGAAGGUGACCCGGAAACUGCAAUUAAUCCAGAAUGCGGCAGCUAGACUGGGGACUGGGAGCGGCCACAGAGACCACAUAACACCGGUCCUGAGAGACCCACAUUGGCUCCCAGUACGUUUCCGAGCACAAUUCAAAGUGUUGGUGCUGACCUUUCAAGCCCUCAACAGCCGCAACCCAGUCUCCCUGAAGGAGCGUCUCCACCCCCCUCGGUCGGCCCCGCCACUGAGGUCCAGCGCCGAGGGCCUUCUGGCAGUUCCCUCACUGCGAGAAGUGAGGUUACAGGGAACCAGACAGAGGGCCUUCUCGGUAGUGGCGCCCGCCCUGUGGAACGCCCUCCCUUCAGAUGUGAAGGAAAUAAGCAGCUAUCCUAUCUUUAAAAGACAUCCGAAGGCAGCCCUGUUUAGGGAAGUUUUUAAUAUUUAAUGCUGUAUUGUUUUUAACACUCGAUUGGGAGCCGCCCAGAGGGGCUGGGGAAACUCAGCCAGAUGGGCGGGGUAUAAAUUAUUCUUAUUAUUAUUAUUCAGCUGGUGCAAAAUUUGGUGGCCAGGAUGCUCACUUGGCCAAGACGGUUUGAUCCUGGUCUGACUGCACUGGCUGCCAAUGAACUUCCAGGUCAAAAUCAAAGUGCUGCUUUUGACCUAUAAAGCCUUAAACAGCUCAGGACUGCAAUCCCGCAAGGAUCGCCUCUCUCCAUAUGAACGUACCCGGACCCUGAGAUCCUCCAACACCCUUCUUUGGGUGCCUGUCUCACAAAAGGUCUAGAGCAGCCUUUCUCAACCUGUGGGUCCCCAGAUGUUGUUGAACUACAAUUCCCAUCACCCCUAGCUAGCAAGGCCAGAGCUCAGGGAUGAUGGGAGUUGUAGUCCAACAACAUCUGGGGACCCACAGGUUGAGAACCGCUGCUGUAGUAAUAAUAAUAAUAAUAAUAAAUUUUAUUUAUACCCCACCCUCCCCAGCCAAGGCCGGGCUCAUGGCAGCUAACAACCAAUAAUAAAAACAAGUUGAAUGAAUACAACUUAAAAACAAGAUUAAAAUACAACAUUGAAAUAUUAAAAUGCAGCCUCAUCACAGGAGGAGAAAGGAAAAAAGAAAGAGGGGGAGGGAAUCAAAUUGACUCCAAGCCAAAGGCCAGGCAGAACAACUCUGUCUUACAGGCCCUGUGGAAAGAAAUCAGAUCCUGCAGGGCCCUGGUCUCAUGAGGCAGAGCGUUCCACCAGGCCGGAGGUCUAGAGGGUGGCAACAUGAUAACAGGGCCUUUUCUGCAGUGGCUCCCCACUUGUGGAAUGCUCUCCCCAGGGAGGUUUUAGGCACCUGGCAAAAACGUUCCUCUUUAACCAGGCCAAAGAGAAUUGUGCUCAUUCAUUUCACUGGGUCUCUUCUGACUGAGUUGGAUACAAUACGUUGAAGUUAACAGGCCCAAGUGAUUUGUGUUCAUUCAUUUCAGUGGGUCUACUCUGAGUCUGGCUUUGAUUCUCCUCCCCACUUCUUUUCUUCUUCUUGACUUUUUGCUGCAUGGCGUAGGAAGUACCCAGCCAUCGGAAGCAGGGAUGAGCGUGAAAAAUACAAGGCCGUCUUCAACGACCAGUAUGCAGAAUACAAGGAGCUGUACGAUGAGGUCCGCACAGCGCUGGGGAAAUUCAAGGAACUGGAGGCGAUGCUCUCCAAACUUCCUCGCCGCUAUCAGAACAAGAAGGUAGUUCUUAAUACGCAGUGAUGCAUUUUUAAUAUGUAUAUAAACAACAAACCUUAACCAGGCAUUAAGUUUGCAAAAUAUGUCGAACAACAACCCCUUUCUGAAUUUUGCAAUGCAGUUCUCCAGGCAAAUAAUGAGAAGUGUAUCUACUGGAGCAAAGGGUCCAGGAGAAUGAAUUUAUUAAUGAAGAUAACAUACUGCAAAUGCAUUGUAUUGGUGGAAAUGUGCAUAGGAGGUGAAAUUGCAUGCAAACUUCGCACAUAAAUGAUGGCAAACUUUCAUGAAGUUUAAAAUAUAUAUAUGCAGCUUGUUGUUGCAAAUGUGGAGAGCUGAAUUUAAGUUUGUGGAGGGGAAGGAAAACCAAAACUGAGAGAUCUGUCCAUCCUUAGCUUGGAGCAAUGAUUCUGAGAGGUUCCUUUGCUGGCUUGUUUCAGUGAGGGGAUUUAAAUGCUUCUCUUUUCUCUACAGGAGGAAAGCCGGGUUUCCACUGUUUGGAGAGAUUACCAAAGCAAGAAGGAGGUAAAUAAAAGUCAGAAGUGAGUGUCGUUUCAAGAUUUCCCUAAGGCUGCAAAUGAAUCCCUAAGUCCUAUUUAAAGCCGCCUCACACCACUUUAAACAGCAAAGGCUUCCCUCAAAGUAUCCUGAGAACCAGUUGUGGCAACAGGAUUUCCUGAGCCCAGCACACCGUAUGCCAAUGGUGCUGCCUGCCAGGUACCAAAGCAUUGGUGUUUUCUCCACCUUUUGUUUUAUAACUUUCUUUAGGAAUGUCUAAUUAAUAUAGUUAUAAAAUUGUAGAGUUAAGGGACACGGGUGGCGCUGUGGAUUAAACCACAGAGCCUAGGACUUGCCGAACAGAAGGUUGGCAGUUCGAAUCCUCAUGACAGGGUGAGCUCCCGUUCUUCGGUCCCUGCUCCUGCCAACCUAGCAGUUCGAAAGCACAUCAAAGUGCAAGUAGAUAAAUAGGUACCACUCCGGCGGGAAGGUAAACGGUGUUUCCGUGCGCUGCUCUGGUUCGCCAGAAGCGGCUUAGUCAUGCUGGCCACAUGUACGCCUGCUCCCUCGGCCAAUAAAGCGAGAUGAGCGCCGCAACCCCAGAGUCGUCCGCGACUGGACCUAAUGGUCAGGGGCCCCUUUACUUUACCUUUAAAAUUGUAGAGUUGGAAGGGACGCCAAGGGUCAUCCAGACCAAUCCCCUGCAGUGCAGUAAUCUCAGCUAAAGCAUCCCUGAUAGAUGACCAUCCAACCUCUGCUUAAAAACCUCCGAGGAGUCUGCCACCUUCCGAAGGAAACCGUCCCAUUGUCGAACAGCUCAGACCACCAGAAAGUUCUUCCAGAUUUUUAUUCGGAGUCUCCUUUCUUGUAACUUGAACCCAUCGGUUCAGGGCAAGAGCAAGCAAGCUUGCUCCAUCUUCCAUGGGACAGCCCUUCAGGUAUUUGAUUGAAAGAUAAUAACCAUAGAAUUGUAAGGGACCACAAGGGUCAUCAAGUCCAACCCCCUGCAAUGCAGGAAUCUUUUGCCCAAUGUGGGGCUCGAACCCACAACACUGAGUUUAAGAGACUCGUGCUCUACUGACUGAGCUAUCAGUUUGGGGGCCCUGCUGGAAUGGGGCCCUGUACAUGUGUACAUUCCUCCCUGUCAGCAGCCCUGGUGGGAACUGUAAGUUGGUACGGAUGCUGAGAUUUGCUAGGAGACCCUCAUUUCUGUUAGCAUUCCUGCUCCGUGAUUGCAGUCAUGGGAUUGUUGUCUUUCACACAACGGUGUAUGUUUUGACUCCACAGAGUGGGAAGUGACGGAGACAGGAUGUUUGUGUUACUGUGUUCCGUGAAGUGGGACGAUUGUCCUUUGUUCUUUUUCUCUUUGCUGUCUGAUGCUAGAGAGAGAGGGAGCCAUGUUGCAGUGCUCCGUGUAAAUAAAGUAGAUUAGCCAAAAUGCUAAGCUGCUGAGGUCUGUCACGCAUGAUGCGCAAACUCUGCGGAUCCCUAAGUGUGCCAGUGUCUGUUGGCAUCGGUCGCUGUGAUGUUCGGGCAGAAGAAAGCUUUUGAAGCUCCCGAAUGAAAUACCAGGAGGGAGGGAACAUGCCAGUCGGGUAUGUGUCUCUGCCAGGGUCCUACUCGAGUGUAGGACAAGCUCCUGACAACUUCUCCUCCCAGAGCUACGAUUCCCAUAGUGGUUUAACAGUCAAUCCCACUUUCCCAGGUAACACUGGGAAUUGUAGCUCUGUGAGAGGACUCUGACCUACUAUAGUUCCCAGGAUUAUUUGGUGGGGGGGGGAAGCAUGAGUACAAGCUGCCCGAGGGAAGAGGCUGGUAGCGGCAGCCAUGGAGAGAGGGGCAAGGGGGUGCUCCCUUUCAGCCGCAGCUUUCUCAUCCUCAUCCCCAAGCCUGGCACUGGUGGGGCAAAUAAUAAUAAUAAUUUUUUAAAAAUUAUUUAUACCCCACCCUUCCCAGUUCAGAAAACCAGGCUCAGGGCGGCUAACAACAAAUUUAAAACACUUAAUUGAUGCUACAAAAAACAGCAUAAAAUACAGUAUAAAACGUGAAUAACAAUAAAUUCACAAUUAAAAAAUCAAUUUAGGGGGGAAAUCCAUCCACUAAACAUUAGAUGAUCACCAGGGCUAGCUGGCUAAGUUAGUCCUAUUUGGGCCAGCGAGGAGACCAGGGGAGAAUUAGCUGUGGGAUCCCAGAGCGGGUAAUCUUCAUAAAAAGGGGAGGGGGAGGGAAGGAAGGGGAAUAAAAGAUCAGGCUAAGUUCAAGUUGAAAGCCAGGUGGAAUAGCUCUGUCUUAUAGGGCCUGUGGAAGGAAGUUAAAUCCUGCAGGGCCCUGGUCUCCUGGGACAGAGCAUUCCACCAGGUCGGAGCCAUCACUGAGAAGGCCCUGGCCCUGGUGGAGGAUAAUCUUACUUCCUUAGGGCCCGGGGCCUCUAAACUAUGGUUAUUCAUGGACCUUAAGGUCCUCUGCGGGGCAGACCAGGAGAAGCGGUCCCGUAAAUACGAGGGCCCUAAGCCACAAAGGGCUUUGAAGGUCAAAAUCAGUACCUUAAACCUGACAUUCUGGAAUCAAAUCAGGAGUCGGGAUGGCUUUCGUAACUCCGGAACUGUGUCUGGAAAACUGGGUGGGUAUUUGGUUCACACUGCAAAUGCAUUUUGACGUGUUUCCGUUUCCCCCAUCUCUCUGCCCGCCCUGCAAAUUUCAGGACCCGGCUUUCCUGGAGAAGCAGGAGCGCUGCGAAUACCUCAAGAGGAAGCUGACCCACAUCAAGGCCCAGAUCCAAGCCUACGACCAGAAGACCAGCCAGGGCUCUGUGUACUUCUAAAGAGUGUGCGAAGAUGCCUACGAACUGCAUCUUUGACUUGCCGUUUCUUCUGCAAGGAAACGGCAGCAUCCCUUGGGUGUUUUGUGUUUUUUUUACAGGGGUGGUCCAGGUCUUCUCCUUGGUCUCUUGCAAAAUCCCUGGACAUCCCACAAAACUCCACAAGGAGGAACAUGGGCUGAACUGGUUAGCGUUCCUAAGUUUUUGCUGAAAAAUAACACCUGCUCUGAGGUUUCCCAAAUAGGGUGGCAAUUUAAUUUGGCCUUUAAUUUGAAUUCAGCCUGAUCUUUUAUUUCCCUUCUCUUCCCUCCCCUUUUAUGAAGAUCACCCGCUCUGAGACCCCACAGCUAAUUCUCCCCUGGCCUCCUCGCUGGCCCAAGUAGGACCAAUUCAGCCAGCUAGCCCUGGGGAUUAUCUAAUGCUUAUUUCCCCUAAACUGAUUUCUGAACUUUGAAUUUUAUUGUUAUUCAUGUUUUUAUACUGUAUUUUAUGCUGCUUUUACAAUUAAGUGUUUUCAUAGAAUCAUAGAAUCCUAGAGUUGGAAGAGACCACAAGGGCCAUCGAGUCCAACCCCCUGCCAAGCAGGAAACACCAUCAGAGCACUCCUGACAUAUGGUUGUCAAGCCUCUGCUUAAAGACCUCCAAAGAAGGAGACUCCACCACAC